AUGUCUUCUGAUCAAAUUGAACAGUGGUUGAAGUUUGGAGAUGUUGUUUUAAACAAUAAUACUGCUGCUACAAAUUGUUAUAAAAUGGUAUUUUCACUUUUUUUGAUAGUCGACAACUAUUUAUCUUCUUUGACAUUUCAAGCUAUUCUUUAUGUUAUCUUCACUAAUGCCAAUCUUGCUUUGAUUGCUGCAAUAUGGAAUGAGUUUUCAACAACAUAUGCUCUUUAUUGUAUGUUUUAUAUUGCACAGAAUCUUCACCUCAAUUUAAAAAAUAUUCUCAGAGAUCGUUAUGAUGAAUUCAUCAAGUUUUUCUUAAAACAAGCUGAGAAAUUAUUAGUAUAUAUUCUCGAAGAUGAUAAAAAGACAGAAUAUGCUUUAUUUCAUAUCUCAAUUCCUAAGACUGUUCUGACUAUAAUGGCCAAUACUAUUCUACCAAAUAUUGAUUUUGACAAUCCUAACUUAUUUGGUAAAAAUCAAAAUUUUAAUAAUAUUAUGGCCAAGUCAAUGCUUAAUCUUGUUGACAAAGAUAAGAUUGUAGAGAUUAGUUCUACAGAAGAACUAUACUUGGUUGUGCAAAAAUUUGAAAUAGAAAAAUCAAUAAUGAUAGGUUGGAAUGGUUCAGUUCCUUAUCUUAAUGUGUUAGUUAAAGAUAUGCAUGAUACAAACAACAAAGUAAUUAAUGAACGAAAGCUAUAUGGAGAGGCUUGGGGUAAAGCAAGAGCAGCAUUAAUAUUAUCAUCUGAUAGUAAUAUAGAUUCAAGUGAUUCAAGUUGUAAAGAUGAAGUCAAAAUUAAUAAUAGGGGUUGGAUUCAAAUUUGUGGAGGUGCUGGACAUAAUUAG